ACCACUGGUGCUGUAAAACAUGGCGGGUUUUUUAAGUACCAUUGCUAAUGGUCUUCGUUUAAUAGCAAAUGAUCUAGGUCAUGCAAGAAGCGACGACCUUCUCGUUCGUUUGGAACGUUUAGAAGAUGAUUUAGUUCAGCUCAGUGCUGAUAUGGAUGUAGACCUUGAUCCAGCUGUGUUUGCUGGUCUGCAAGACGCAGCAUACCAGCUUCACGUGCGCUCAGAAACGGAGGCGAACAUGGGACGUCCAUCAUACUGUUUACCUUCACAUGUAAUCAAGGCACACCUGCUUUUGGGCCACACCGCUGGAGAUAUCGCUAAUUUAUUCGGAGUGUGCGAGAGAACAAUUCGUCGGAGGAUGACACAGUAUGGGAUAAGAGUUCAUGAUCUAUUAACUCCAGUCGAUGACAAUGAUCUGGAUGAAACUGUUACCCACAUUCUGCAACGCCAUCCCAACUGUGGUUAUAAAAUGAUGGUUGGGCACUUGAAUGCACAGGGAAUCCUCAUACAGAGACAGCGUGUACAGGAGUCCAUGCGCCGUGUGGAUCCUUAUGGAGUAUCUAUUCGCACCCUUCAGCUCAACCCACGAAGACGCAGGAAGUACUUUGUACCAGCGCCAAACAGUCUGUGGCACAUCGACGGCAAUCACAAAUUGAUAAGAUGGCGUAUUGUUGUCCAUGGUGGGAUAGAUGGCUUUAGCCGUCUCAUUGUAUACCUGAGUGCAGCCACCAACAACUGUGCAGCAAUAGUCAUGCAAAGCUUUCUUGAAGCUGUUCAAGUAUAUGGCAUGCCAUCUCGUGUGAGAUCAGAUAAAGGUGGGGAAAAUGUUGAUGUUGCACGCUAUAUGGUGGCUAACAGAGGACUCAACAGAAAUUCACAUAUUGCUGGCAGAAGUGUUCAUAAUCAGAGAAUAGAGAGACUCUGGAGAGAUGUUUAUGCUGGAGUGCUUGAUCUAUUCUACUCAAUCUUUACCAAUCUUGAGAGAGAAGGCCUUCUGGAUCCUGACAAUGAAGUUCAUCUUUAUGCUUUACACCAGAGUUUUCUGCCUCACAUACAGAAGCACCUUGUCUUUUUUCAACGUGGCUGGAACUGCCACCGACUGCGAACGGAGGGAAAUCAGUCCCCGUUUCAACUGUGGAGUCGUCAUCAGAAUGAGGCACAGCAGGACCCUAUGCAGGUUGAUAUGGAGUAUGGAGUUGACUGGACAGGCCCUUGUGGUCAUCGACAGCCUGGUGUUGUGGUCCCUGAAGUUCAACUGCAGCGGAUGUUGACUAUGGAAGAAAUAGAAAGUCUGCCAGAACCUGAUGUACCUUUGUCCAAUGUGUUGGAUGUCUACAUACAAACUGUAAACUUAUUAACAGAGAUGCUUCAGUAAAUUUAUUUUCAAACAACUGUACAAUAUAUGCUCACACUAGAAGCAAGUUGUUCUAAUGCUCUACCUUAUAAAAGCUGGGAUAACAAACUUUUGUUUCAUAAAUGUUUUAAAAGAGUUAUAUUUACAAACAUUUUGUUACUCAUUUGGCAAUAAAAAAAACACAACUGACAA